AUGAAUACCAACGCACUUCGGGCGUAUUUUAGGGCGAAAGGGGGAGAAGUUGGAGGUUUGGCAUAUCGGGCUAGGAUGCAUCGUCUUUUUGCUGAGCUGGAGCCAUUUAUAACCGUCACAGAGCAAAACCUGGCAGACCGAGUUCGGUAUAUCUUGCGCUCAAAUAUAUUUGAUGUCGCCGAACUCGAACGGCUACGACGUGAGGCUGUUCCUUCAUCGGGUGAAAAUGCUACGGCUGAGGAUGCGGCGCCACAACUUGCAGAGCAAACGGCAAACGUGGAUGCCGCCAUGAAUACCCCAGUUGUGGUUGAUUCAAACGAUGAUGGAACAAUCGCCCAGGAACUGGAACUACAGCAAAUGAGGAGUACACUGGAAGAGGCGAUUGUGGAAACGCGCAGUACGCCUCUCGAAAAUCGACCGCAACUUCCCCGCAUAGCCCUAAGCAAGCGGAAUCGGGCUGUCGUGAGGGCUCUGAACCCAAUGCUGGUGACCUAUUUGGAAGCCAGCCGGGACCUUUGCGAGACGGACUCAAUUUUUUUGGCGCCGCACUUGCAGUCUGCCGUAUUAUAG